CUGCCCACAAUGACAGCUCGCCGUGACCCGGAACUCCACGCUGGAAACUAAAACGUAAUAAUAACAAAAAACAACGCUGGAUGGAGCCGUAUUUCUAGGGGCAUUAAAACGUAGCGGGCCGGUCCCAAAACCCCAGAUCGUGGCUGUAAAUAGGCAGACCGUGUGUAUUUAAAGGCUGCUUUCCUAGGUGUGACUGCUUGCGUUUCAGACAUGGUGACUCUGCGAAAAGGUUUGGUGCUUUGGAUGUCCAAAAACUGAAAAUCAAGCAAUAAGAUGGGCAACAAGGAUAACCUGGAAGAAGUGUUUGUAGCGGUCAUCCGUCCGAAGAAUGCAGUCAGUCUGACCUCCAAAGAAUACAGAGCAAAAGCCUAUGAGAUCCUUUUGGUAGAACUUCCAUUGGAAGGGAAGGAGAAGAAAAGGAAGAAGGUUCUUCUAGGAACCAAAAUACAAGCUGAUGGGGAUAAGUCCCGAUCGAUUUUGGACUAUGUCGAUGAAACAACCAAACCCAUAUCCAAUAACCAAGGUUUCAUAGGGAAGCGUGUUGUGCACAUGAAGAGAUUCACUCUCGAUGGGGAAAACACUGGGAAGGAAGCUUCUUUGUUCAUAGUGCCGCUUAACGUCAAAGACAACAGCAAGCUGACAUACAACCCCGGGUGUCCGAGUUUCUACUGCUUACAAGACGUCAUGCGGGUUUGCAGUGAGACCAGCACCCACUUUUCACCCACUACCUCCAAGAUGCUCAUGGCGUUAGACAAGUGGCUGGCCGAACAGCACAGCGUACCCCACGCCAUCCCCGCCUUGUUCCGGCCCUCCCCAGUGGAGAGGGUGAAGACCAGCGUGUGCAACCCUGCAUACUCCACAGACGGCAAGCAGCCCGAGGGCUCGAUGCACAUGGGUUACACUGCCCUGGAGAUCAAGAGCAAGAUGAUGUCACUAGAAAAGGCAGACAUGUACAUUAAAAACCCCCUGUAUGGCUCAGACCUGCAGUACACCAACCGGGUGGACAAGGUGAUCAUCAACCCCUACUUUGGCCUGGGGGCUCCGGACUAUUCCAAAAUCCAGAUCCCGAAGCGCGAGAAGUGGCAGCGGAGCAUGGGAAGCGUGACGGAGGACAAGGAACGCCAGUGGGUAGAUGACUUCCCGCUGCACCGUAGCGCCUGCGAGGGUGACACAGACCUCCUCAGCAAGCUCCUGGACAGCGGCUUCUCCGUGAAACAGCUGGACAGUGAUCACUGGGCUCCCAUUCAUUACGCGUGCUGGUAUGGAAAAGUGGGGGCCACCAAGCUUUUGCUGGAGAAGGGAAAGUGUAACCCCAACCUGCUGAAUGGGCAGCUGAGCUCCCCCCUGCACUUUGCGGCUGGGGGGGGUCAUUCGGAGAUCGUGCAGCUUCUCCUGCAGCACCCGGAAACAGACAGGCACAUUGAAGACCAGCAGAAAAGGACACCGCUGCAAGUGUGUGAGGAAAACAAACGGAACAACUGGGAAGAGACCGUGAAGCUGCUGCAGGAAGCGAACAACAAACCGUAUGAAAAGGUGCGCAUUUACCGCAUGGACGGUUCCUAUCGAUCCGUGGAGCUGAAGCAUGGGAACAACACGACCGUCCAGCAGAUCAUGGAAGGCAUGCGGCUGUCGCAGGACACCCAGCAAUACUUCACCAUCUGGAUCUGCUCCGAAAACCUCAGUCUGCAGUUGAAGCCGUAUCACAAGCCCCUGCAGCACCUGCGCAUCUGGACGGAAAUCGUCACCGACCUGACCGUGCUGGACCCCCAGAGGGAGUUGCCUCAGCUCUUCUUGCGCAGGGAUGUCCGGUUACCCCUUGAUGUGGAGAAGAAGGUUUCAGAUCCGCUGUCUAUCCUCAUGCUGUUCGAUGAAGCACGCCACUGUCUCCUCAAGGGAUUUUACCCAUCUCCGGACGGCAAGCUGAUUACCCUGGCCAGCCUUCUCCUACAGAUCAUCUACGGAAACUACGAGAGCAAAAAACACAAGCAGGGCUUUCUCAACGAGGAGAAUCUCAAAUCAAUUGUUCCAAUAUCCAAGGUAAAAAGCAAGGCACAUCACUGGACGAGUAGGAUUCUCCAUGAAUAUAAGAAUCUCAGCACAAGUGAGGGCGUGAGCAAGGAGAUGCAUCAUCUCCAGCAUCUCUUCCUGCAGAACUGCUGGGACAUCCCCACCUACGGUGCUGCCUUUUUCACCGGACAGGUGUUCACCAAGGCCAGCUCCAGCAACCAUAAGGUCAUCCGUGUUUAUGUCGCCGUCAACACCAAGGGGCUGCAUCUGAUGAACAUGGAAACCAAGGUUCUGCACAUCAGUCUGGAUCAUGGCACUUUUGUGUGGCAGUUGGGACAAGCUGAUCAAUACUUCCAAAUCCAUGGCCUAGAGAAAAAGAUCACCUUCAUCGUUCAUACCAAACAGGCGGGACUUAUCGUCAAGCUCCUAAUGAAGUUAAGUGGACAGAUCGCGCCAAAUGAAAGAGGUUUAUCAGACAAGAAUGCGUAUGGAUAACUGUUUAAGGAAAGCCUUGUGUUGCUGAUCGUUCAUUUUUUUUUUUAAUGUAUGAGAAUUAGUCCCCACCCAUUUCCUCUGUUUUCAUUCAAUGCUGAUAACAGUUCAGUGUUCCUUGUCUUUUAAAACAGUUUUACGUUUGUCUUAGAGCAUUGUAAAUAUGUGUAUUUAACAACUUCAUUAAAAUUCCUAAUAUAUCAA